GAGCCACACAAGCGCACCGAACCAACGCGAGGAUAUGAAUGCAAUAGUAAAUAAUAGCAAACAGACGACAAUGAGAACUGUUGUGAAUUUUCUGAAAAGUAGCGCUUAUUUGUCGAGAGGUUACGCCCAAACCGUGGGCGACUACAACAUUGUCUGGGUCAAACCCAAAAAGAAGACCAAAGCCGAAAAGCUCUUGGCUGACAGAUCUGGCGACCAGGGACUAAAACUCGACGUCAAACCGUCUGACUUUUGUCUCAAGUACGACGAGUCUCCCGAGUUAAAAGAUGCCAGCGAUCUUGUUAAAAAAAUGUUUACGUUGCAAUUUCAACCUUGCAAACAAAGACACUUUGUUGAGAGAGCCAAAGCUGUGGAUUUGGUAAAGAGGCAUGAAUUGGAUGCGAAAUCUCCGGAAGCUCAGAUUGCCGCUCUGACCAGUCGCAUACAUUAUUUGCAAGAAUAUGUAGUAGCAAAUCCGUAUGACAGUUCAACAAGAGUAGCUUUGAAAGAAAAGAUUGAAAGGAGAAGAAAAUUUUUGAGAUGUCUUCGAUUGGCGGAUUACAAACGUUUCGAAUGGGUUUUGGAGAAACUCAAUCUCAUUUACAAACCAUUGCCAGAGCCGCCGUUCCAAGUCACCAGGAAAGAUUCUUUCAGACGAUUAACAAAAAACCAUUGUGACACUAUAAUGCAAGACAAACUGGACAAGUAUAAAAGUGAGUUGAAAGAGUUGCAGAAAGAAUUUUACAAGGAAAAGGCUGAGAAGCUUGCGUUUAUCAGGAAGGAAGAAUUAGAAUGUAACGUAGAACCAACGGUAAGCGAGGAAGAUGUUACAUGCGCUCGAGAAAAAGCAAAGGAAUACGAAGUGUAAUGUUGUUAUUUAAAACAUAAUAUCAUAUGUGUAUAUAAUAGACAAAAUGUUUAUAUAAUAAGU